AUGCAACCAAAGCAGCACCUCGGCCUUAUCUCCGGUGUAUCAGCUUGGAGUUUGGUAACCAAGCCCGAGGAGCUUGAGCAGCAAGCAGAGGAAGCUCGCGAACAGCAGCAGGCAGAGGAAAAUGCGGUCUCCUUUACGACGAGCUUCAUCAAUGAGCCUGUUCAAGAGGAGGGCUCCGUCCAGGACAGCACGGGCAGCAGUACACCUGAUUCAGAACAAAAUGAGGAAGACAACGUCGUGGAGCUUGAUAGUGAUCUUGAAGACUAUGACCAUGAAGCAGCCGGAGAACGCAUAGGUUCAAUGCUGGACAACUUGAAGUGCCAAGAUCGCAUCGAGAUCAUGGACUCACUACACACCUUUUAUCAAAACCGAAAGCAGAUCGUGGAGACAGAGAUGGCCGAACUCGAGACUCUGGAAAAGGACUUCAACGACAGGGAUGAGGAGACCAAGGAGUCCUCGAACAGUAUGGUGAAGGCUUUUGAAGCAAAAGGCAUGACGGAGGUACAAGUACUUGUCAAGUGUAGUGCGACCCUCCAAGCGGGUGCCAAUGGCACCUUCCGCAAGCGGCAGAAGUUCUCAAAAGCUGCGAAGAGUAGAGCCGCACCGAAGAAGAAGGUCACCAUGUUACAGGAGCCAGAAGAGAAGGAGCCAAAAGCUGAAGCUGGCCCGGCGAGGCCCACGUUUUUCGAGCUUUUCGGGGACGACGACAAGGAAGAGGCACCAGAAGAAGCACCAGAGGAGGAGGAGGAGUUACCUGAAGUCGUUGCAAAUGAGGAGGACUUGAAGGAUCAGGAUGUUUGGGAUCUGAAUCGGGCUAAAGAGCUAUGGAGCCGGAUGAAUGAGAAGGCCGGGAAGGUGGCUGGCGGCAAAGGAUCGGCAAUCGAAAUUCUGCAGGCGAUGGUGGUGGUCCAGGAAGGCAACGCAGAGUUGCAGCGCAUCUCGACUACACGAGACACCUUAGUCUACAGCUUUCACGGGUUUUCAUGUCUGCUGACGACCAUGCAGGCUACAGCCACAAUGAAUGCAGCCGUCGAUUUUCUCACGCGCAAUUUCAAGGCGGGCAUAAUCCUGGACUUCGACAGCCCCUCGCCGGAGGUUGAGUAUGUGAAAAGGCUGCACAAGAAGCUUUUCUCCGAAAUCGAUGUGGGUGACCUUGAAGACGUACCGGAUGCGGAGGAGUUGGAGGAGGAAUGCCAGGAGCUCGAAAGAAUCCUGGCGGAACAGGAGAAGGACAUCGAAGCGUUUCAAAGGCAACGCGAAGAGAAGGAAAAGUCACAGGAGGAGGAGCAGGACGCCAAGCUGGAAAAGCUGUUGGAUGAUCACCCCGAGCCGGACCUUGGCGAGGAGAGUUCACGAGGAGCUUCCAAGCAGAACAAAUCUGCUGUCUUGGAUGCACGGCUGGAGGGCCUCCAGAUCCAGGGAGCUCAGCCGAAAGCAAGUGCUGCACAAAGGAUGAAGCAGGCAGCCAGGACAGCAGCCGCCAUUUCCACACUCAACAAGGAUGCACCGGCUGGAAGCGCCGGAGCUCGCCAUUUCCAUUCGGUCGAGGAUUUCAAAGAUGACCCCAAGGUCAAGAUGCUGCGUGAGCACAUCGCGACAAAGGACGGGCAAAUCGAUCAAGCCCGGAAGCUUCUGAAGCGGAUGCGGUUUGAGCGACGACUCCUGCACUACUGCCGGAAGAAGGCCAAGAAAGGAUUUGACAGCAUCGUGCAGGAGUUUGAGCCACCUAGUCUUGACGAGAUUCCAUCUGCGGAUGAAGUUUCUGAAGAAUCUGCCAGUGAGGUGGAGCCCCCUGAGGAGGCGCCCGAGCAAGCAAAGGCUCCCGAGCCGGAGCCGUCUCGGACCGAUGGGCGUUUGGAGAGUGAAAAGGCUGCAGAGGUCCAACCGGAAGCAGAGGCCUCAGCGCGGCCAGCAGCUAGGCCAGCCUCAGCUAGGCCAGCGAGACCAGAAAGUCCGGGCAGUCCGGUGAGUCCGGUGGUUCCGGCGAGCCCAGCGAGUCCACCGGAGCGCAGAGGGCCGCCCAGCCUCGCGAGCAAAAUCCUCGGUCUGAGCGCCAAGAGCAACGAGGGACUGGAGAUAGAAGAGCAGCUGAAGAAGGAGGUCGAAGACUUGCAAGCAGCCUUAUCUGAGAGCUCCAACAGCCUUCGGGAGGAGAAAGUGCGCCAGAAAACAUUGCGCAAGGAGAUCAAGGACCUUCGCAAAGAGUUCCAUCAGCUCUCUUCAAGCGAUCAAGAUGCUCCCAAGACUCUUGAAGGUCUGCAGGAGCAGAUCAAAUUCGAGGAGAAGGUGUACCGUGACCUCCAAAAUCAGAUAGACGAGCUCAAGACUCAAGUUGGGCAAAAGUCGAUUAACAAAAGCGAGGAUCAGCAGCAGGCCGCAGAGACCCAUGGGCGGCCGAACUUGCUUGAGCAGCCGGACGACAAUGCGCGGUCAAGGCAGACGAGCUCUCGGGGAGAGCUGUCACGACCGGCAAGUGCAAGAGAGCACGCCGAACAGUCGAGACCAGCCAGUGCCAGAGACCCAUCCGAGUCCAGGCCAGACUCUGUCGGCGACAGGUCACCAAGCCCUGGAGCAGACGAGUCGCUCGUGGAGCAACCUAAGCGAGCCUCGAGCACGCGGGCUGAGCCUACUGGCUCUCUCAGCGCCAGGCCCGAGCACCUGGCGAGGUCGCUCAGCGCCCGAGCCGACCUUCCAGGGUCCCCACGCGCAGCGAGCGCAGCGCGGUCGGCUCCAUCUUCCAGACCUCCCAGUUCAGCUCGGAGUGCUCGGAGCAUCCACGAAGCUGUGCCAGGCGAGGAAGGCCAAGACGAGGUCGCUGAGGACGUUGAAGCACACUCAGCCCCACGAAAUGUUGGCAAGAAGACAUCAGCUGUGGAUCUAGAGCUGCCGAGCGGGGCUGCCUCGCCAGAGCCCAGCAAGGUGUUUCCAGGCGGGGCAGGUCCCGAGCCCAACAGCGACAUCGAAAGCGAGGCCGAGGCGACGGCGGGGAAGGCGACGGCUGUGCGGAGCUCCCCUGGCUCCAAGACGCGACCUACUGCAGAAGGCCCAGCAGAAGGCUUCGGCUCUGUUCAGGAGGAGGCGACUACCUCAGUGGCAGAACUGGUAAAAGUCCAAGCACGGACAGAGGAAAUGCGGGGAGAAAUCCACGACAUUGAUGCGAAGCUGAAGAAAUUGAAAGCUCUGCUGAAGAGUAAGGGUGACAUUGACAUUGUGGCUGCUGUGCGUGAAGUCUUGGGCUUGGUCCAUGAGGAAGAGGUUAAGGCACCCCCGGCGUACCAUCAGUGCAAAAGGGAACUCAAGGAGCAGCAGGACAAAAUUCGAUUGCUCCGCAAGAAAUGGUGGGAUGACCACCGGGAUUUCGACGGCUUGGUGGAGAAGGUUCGCAAUCAGAUGGGUGGAAAUCGUCAAAUAUUUGCUGAAGCAGAGAGCAAGGACCUGGCGGUCCGAGGAACAGAACAUGCUGCUGCUCCCGUCCGUUCCGGCUUAGCAGACUCUGGAUUGAGUGCUCCUGAUGCUUCGGAGGCACAUACGAGCCAGGGCUUCCGGGGGUCGGCCAAUGCACCAUCUAUCAGGCCCCCAUCGAAAGAGCCAAGCAAUGCGCCGCCGCCCAGACCGAGCGGGAACCGAAGGUUGAGCGGUUUGAAGGGCUUCGGUGCUUUCAGCGCCAUGAACCAGGGCACUGUGAUGAGGGCCGUGGCCGUGACGGAGGACAACCCGCGCUCACGGUUUUCGAAGGUGGUGCAGGCCACGGAGGAGCGCAAGUCUCUGAAAUCGCUUUUCGGCUAG